UGCUUCUUCGGCUGCUCUGUCUGAGAGAGAGAGAGAGAGAGAGAGCUGAAAAGCUCAUCAACACCUGCAAAGAAAUCAGAGAGAGAAAGAAAGAGAGAGACAUAAAUUUAGAGAGAGGGGCAUGGCGGCGUUGCAGAGGAGGAUGUAAAUUCCAAGUCUUUAAUGCUAGCUCUUCUAUACAUCAAUCUUAUAUAUAUUUUUUCCAAGGAGAUAAGAGAAAAAAUAAACAAGAAUUUAAAAGCCGCGAGUGCUAGAUUCAUUGACGACGCUCUAACCAACUGAGGUACAACAUCUGUCUCGCAGUUACAGCAGAGAGUGAGACACAAACUCACAUGUUGGUGUUGUUUUAGGUAAGCCGAAGCUUGAACUCUCUGAUGAGUUUGUGGAAAAGGUAGAGAAUUUGAGAUCGAGCGAGGGAGAGGAGUGAGGGCUAGAGAGGAGUGAGUUGGUCUGAUAUGGAUAUUCGGUUACAAUUGGGGGUAGGGGAAGAGAAGCAAUGGCUGGUUUUUUCUCACUAGGAGGAGGUCGGAGCAGUCACAAUCCGGAAAGCAGGAACCAGAAUCAGCCGGAAUCAAGUCAAAUUCCGCCAGAGACGUUGUUUUGGUACAAGAAUGAAGAGGGCAUGCCUUUCAAAGGAAGCUUCGAGCUAUGGCAGCACCAGCAGCAGCAGCAACUACAGCAUCACCACCAUCAGCAACAGCAGCAUCUCCACCAGCUCCAGCUCCAGCAAGAUCUGUACGCCUCUGCCGCUGCUCUAGGCGUCGGCCCCAGCAGCAUCAACGUCUCCGAUGAGUCGUCGUCGCGGCCCUUCAUGAUUAUGAGACCCUCCUCGUCCGGCGGAGGAGGAGGUACAGGUGGAGGUGGUGGUGGUGGUGGAUCGACGUCCGGGAGCUCCGUUAGCUGUCAAGACUGUGGCAACCAAGCUAAGAAAGAUUGCGUGCACAUGAGGUGCAGGACUUGCUGCAAGAGCCGAGGGUUCGAGUGCGCCACCCACGUGAAGAGCACGUGGGUGCCGGCAUCGAAACGCCGGGAGAGGCAGGAGCAGCACCUCACGACGCUGCAGCAACAUAGUCAUCAAGAAGUUCAAGUGAUCCGGGGAGGAGGGGAGAAUCCAAAGAGGUUGAGAGAGAGCAAUCAUCCGAAUAAUCCAAGCUCCAAUUCUUCACUGGGAGCUUGCACUCGCAUUAUCGCUAACACGUCAGGGUUGGAGGUGGGGAAUUUUCCGCCCGAACUGACCUCCAACGCCGUGUUUCGCUGCGUGAGAGUGAGCUCCAUCGACGACGAUGAAGACCAGUACGCAUAUCAGACGGCAGUGAACAUAGCCGGCCACGUGUUCAAGGGAAUUCUCUACAACCAAGGGCCUGAUACUAGUAACUAUAAUAAUAUGAGCACAGGUGGGGAGAGCUCGUCUGGGGGUGGAGGAGGCGGAGGGGGAGGUGGCGGAGGAGUCAUUCAACCACUCAAUCUCAUCAAUGCAGCUCCCACUACAGCCGGCAGUGGUGGUGUAACGGUGGCAGCCGCUUCAGGUUCUGGGACGUUAAUGGAUCCUAACUCUCUAUACCCGGCUAACCCAUUUAUGGCUUCGGGUACGCAAUUCUUCCUACCACCAAGAUCUUGAUGAUCAUUUGAUUGAUCAAAACAAACAACAUUCUUCUUCAUGGUCCUCUUCUUCUUCUUGACUAGUAGCUACGAGUACUAGGACGAUUAAAUCGUCAUGUCAGAUUAAUAUUUGAUGAAUGCCUUGCAGUGGGAUUUGACCCUCACCCAAUCGAACUAGAAUAGGAGUAGAGAGACAGAAAGGAAACUGAGGUAGAGAUUGAAAGGGGAAAAUGAGGCGGAACGUGUUUGUUUUGUUGAUAAAUUCGAUCGAAACUAGCUACUGCUUAAUCAUUUAGUUCAAACAUGUUUAUGAUCAUUGUUAAUUAAUUCUCCUUCUUCAAGUCGUUCAAUAAUUUUCUUGUU